AUGAGUUCAACUUCAGUCUGGGUUGCCAUCACUUACAUCGGAGGAUGGAUUCUCUCCAUGCGAAUCUUUGGUUACUUCUGGAAGAACAGGAAACUGGCAAUCAACAACGCCGAACCCUGGUUCUCAGAAAACAUCCCCAAAUCUCAAUACAUCGCCCUCCUCCAACAAACCGACCCCGAAGCCACCGAAACCCAACUCAAAGCUGCCCUCCUCCGUCGAGCCGUUGAAGGGGUCGCCCGAGUCCUUUCAAUGCGGGAGGAUAAACAGGUCUUGGCGAGUUUGGUCAAACAGGGGACGGUAGGGGACGAUAUCUGGAUAGAAUUUACAUUGUCGGAAAAGGAGCUCGAGCAGGAGAUAAUGGCGAUUGUGGCAGAGGCUAAUACGUUCAAGGAAGGGUGGGGGCAGACUAUCCUCCAGACUGCUAGCGAGGUGUUGAUGCAUGAGAAGAACAAAAAGACGGAACAGGAGAUGAAACUGAAGCGGGAAGAGCAGGCGCGGCAAAAGGCGCUCAAGGAGGAACGCAAGGAACAGACGAGGUUGACCAACGAAAAAAACCGAGAAGCACGUUUGGAAAAGGAGCGUGCCAAGGCUUUGCAGGAACUAUUGACCGAGGACACUCCUAAAUCACCCAAGAAACCCGCUUCUCCCAAGCGUAAGAAGUGA